AUGUAUUUUAACCCCUUGGGUAAUGCAAAAACAAUAGAAGGACAAUUAAGUGUUUUAAUCCCAUUAGAUUUAUCAUAUAUUAAACCACACAUCGAAAAUAUAAAUUCCGUAAUAAAUACGGUCAAGAAAACUUGUAAACAGACUUGGAUAAAUGUGGAUUGUUUUAAUAUUUUUGAACCGUUAGAAUUACGAUAUGAAGAAAUUGUAAAACAAUAUUCUACUAUUUCUCAUUUAAUAAAUACAAAGAGCAAAAGAAGUGCCUGGUUUGCAGGUAUCGGAUCAAUUAUGAAAACCCUUUUCGGUACUCUUGAUGAAGAUGACGCAGUAGUUUUUGAUAAAGCAAUAGAAUCCGUAUUAAAUAAUGAAAAGAAAUUAUCCUCUUUAAUGAAAGAAAGCAUCUUAGUUACAGACUCUAUAAUUAACAAAUUUAAUGGAACUAUUUCAAGAAUCCAACAAAAUGAAUACAGAAUGAAGGAAGCAAUCAAUAAUUUCACUCUAAUAAUAGACAAUAUAACUAUCGCUUUGGAAAAAUCCCAAUUACGACUUAGUAUAAAUAACGUUUUUAAUAGUCUCGAAAUGUCAAUAAUAACAUUAUCUUUUCAACUCGAAGAUAUAAUAAAUGCCGUACUGUUUAGCAGUUUAAACAAAUUGCAUCCUUCUAUAAUGACACCAACACAACUUCAUAAAGAAAUUAUUGAUAGUUUCAGACAUUUACCUCAAGAUUUAGAAUUACCUGUCCCGUUAGAAAUCGAUAUGAUACACACUAUUAUAGAUAUAUCCAAGGUAUCAUCAUACUACAUUAAGAAUAAAUUAAUAUUUGUAUUACAAAUCCCAUUAGUAUCUAUUAAGGAAUAUAGUUUGUAUCACAACAUUCCAUUACCAACACCACAUUCCAUUGGAAAUCCAGAUACAUUCAGUUUGAUAAUACCCAGUGCGAAAUAUAUCGCGAUUACUAUAAAUAAAAACUUUUACUUUGAUCUGGAUAGUCUGAAUAAUUGUUUGGUUAUUAAUCAUAAGCAUUAUAUUUGUGAUAAUGUAAGUGUAUAUGCAACAAAUACAAAAGUUACCUGCGAAAGUGAGUUACUGUCAAAAAUUAUAAAUAAAAUCCCUCAGCAGUGUGAAACAAAAUUCAUAUAUGGAAAAGUAGAUUUAUGGAAAAACUUAAAUUACAAUAGAUGGAUAUUUAUCCAAUCAGAACCAACCAGAAUAACUAUAGAAUGUUCAGAAUUAAAAUCACACCAAGAAAUAACGGUUAUAGGAACUGGUAUUCUAAACCUACCAGAAUUGUGUAUCGGUUAUGGUAAAAAUGUUAUUUUAAAAGGUAAAUUCAAUAAAAGUGUGAAAUUACCUACAAUCACUUUUGAAUUUAAUUUAAUUAAUGAUUCAUGUUGUAAUACGCGUAAGUUAGAAAUAAUAAAGAAUGGUGUCUCCCCUAUCAAGUUAGAAAAAAUUGAUUUAGACAAUUUAAGAAUACAAAAGAAUCAUUUAGAAGCAAAAUUAUUAAAUACUGAAUUAGAAGAAGUACCUCAUAUAAUAAAAUAUGGGACACACUAUUCCGUAAUAACUGUCAUUACACUGUUAGUAAUUAUAUGUGUAACAUUAUAUUUUAUAAUUAUUAAGAUUUUUAGAAUAAGAAAUGUCAAGAAAUGUAACUCACUGGGAGUAAACCCAAAAGUUGAUAUAGAAUUAGCUGAUAUUACAAAUGAUGACGAACAGACAGACAAAUAUCCAAAUUUAAAGAGAAAUGUUUAAAAUCUAAAUUACUUUACAUAACUUUAUUUUACAAAAACUUCGAAAAACAUAUCCGAAGUUUUUCUACCACCCCCGGAGGUGUUAUACCCCUUGACUGACAGGGAUAAUGCUGACAAGUUACUGAGGUCAGGUGGUCACCCUACCUUUCCCAAAUCCAACAUACAUAUAUAUAGCCCUUAAGAACUGAACCAGUCAGUUCGAGUGAGACAUUAGUGAGACACGGUCGUGCCCAACAUCCGGCACGCAUCCCAUAAC